CCCUAAAUCCCAAAAUUGUAAUGCAAAAAUCCCAAUUCCUCAAUCCCAGAUUUCCCAGACCAAAACCACAGAAAUCAAACCACUCCAAAACCCUAAAAAUUGAAUCUUUUUCAAUGUGGUUCACACUGAAACAAUGAACCUACUCCGCCCCAUCUACUACUUCAUCCCCAAACCCCCAUGGCGGCGCCGCUACUCCACCACCCAACCUGACCCCAUUGACCUCCUCACCGUCCUCGACAAAUCCGACGGCGCAGAAUCCCUUGUCUCCCAUCUCUCCAAUCCCAAGCUCAUCUCUUUAAUCAAGCAAAACCAGACCAACCCACAAGUGGCCUUCCGCCUCUUCAUCUGGGCCACCCAAAGAUCCCACCUUUGCGCCACAAAAUGCCGCUCUGCAGUCAUUGACAUGCUCCUCAGGGACCAAAGCGCGUUCGAGAUGUACUGGAGGACGAUGCAGGAGAUGAAAGAUUACGGAGUUGGGAUCGGGUGUGGCGCUUUUAGUGUGCUGAUCAGAGGGUAUGAUAAGAUGGGCAUUGCCGAGAAGGCGGUGGAGGCUUUCACAAGGAUGAAGGAGUUUGAUUGUAAGGCUGAUGUUUUUACUUACAAUGAGGUUUUGUAUGUUUUGGUGAGGAAAGAAGUGUUUUUGUUAGCUUUAGGUGUGUAUAAUCAGAUGUUGAAGUGUAAUGUUAGUCCCAAUAGGAAUACUUAUAGCAUUUUGAUUAAUGGGUUUUGCAAGACUAGGAAAACCCAGGAUGCAUUGCAGAUGUUUGAUGAGAUGACUAGUAGAGGGAUUGCGCCGAAUACUGUUACUUAUACUAUUGUCAUUUCGGGGCUGUGUCAUGCGAAGAGGGUGCAUGAGGCGCAUAGGCUGGUUGAUACAAUGAAGGAGAAAGGGUGUGUUCCGGAUUUGAUUACGUACCAUGCUUUGCUUGAUGGGUAUUGUAAGUUGGGCAGGCUUGAUGAGGCGUACGCGCUUGUGAGAUCGUUUGUGAGGGAUGGUUAUGUUCUUGGGAUAGAGGGAUAUAGUUCCUUGAUUUAUGGGCUGUUUAGAGGUAGGAGUUUUGAUGAGGCGCUUGGGUGGUAUGGCAAAAUGAUUAGUGAGGGGAUUAAGCCGGAUGUUAUCUUGUGUACUAUAUUGAUUAAGGGGCUAGCGGAUGGUGGCAGGGUUAAGGAUGCAUUGAAGUUCUUGGGUGAGAUGAGUGAGAAUGGUUUGGUUCCAGAUGCGUACUGUUAUAGUGCUGUAAUUAAAGGGUUCUGCGAUUUAGGUCUUCUGGAUGAAGCUCGGUCGCUCUAUCUUGAGAUUUCGGAGCAAUAUGGUUUUCCCAAUGCCUGCACUUACACCAUUCUCAUUUGUGGUAUGUGCAGGAACGGGCUGGUUGGGGAGGCAGAACAGAUAUUCAAUGAGAUGGAGAAGGUUGGAUGUGUUCCUUCUGUUGUGACCUUCAAUGCUCUUAUUGAUGGGCUUUGCAAGGCUUCUCAGCUUAAGGAUGCACAAAUGCUGUUUUACAAAAUGGAGAUAGGAAAAAAGCCCUCAUUAUUUCUUCGUCUUUCUCAAGGUAGUGAUCGGGUUAUUGAUAGUGCAAGUCUUCAAAAGAAGGUGGAGCAAUUGUGCGAGUCAGGAUCAAUUCUUCAGGCCUAUAAGCUUCUGAUGCAGCUAGCUAGUAGUGGGGUUGCCCCCGACGUCAUCACUUACAACACUCUAAUUAAUGGGUUUUGUAAAAAUGGAAACAUAGACAGUGCUUUUAAACUCUUCAAGGAUAUGCAAUUCAAAGGGAUCAACCCAGAUUCUGUUACAUAUGGAACACUUAUCGAUGGACUUCAAAGGAUUGAAAGAGAAGAAGAUGCCUUCGUGGUCUUUAAUCACAUGGUGAAAAAUGGAUGCACACCUAACUUUGAAGUUUACAAAUCACUGAUGACCUGGUCUUGCCGGAAUAGGAAGGUUUCAUUAGCUUUCAGUCUUUGGUUGAAGUACCUGAGCAGCCUUCCUCACAGAAAAGAGGAAGCAAUCAAAGCAAUAGAGGAAAACUUCAAGGAAGGGAAAAUUGAGAAGGCGAUCCAAGGUUUACUUAAAAUGGAUGAAGAGUCGAAACAUUUGGAUUUAGGACCAUACACUAUUUUGCUCAUUGGUUUGUGUCAAGUGCAAAGAGUGGAUGAAGCUCUGAGAAUGUUCUCUGUACUUCAGGAGUACAAAGUCAAUGUCACUCCACCAAGUUGUGUGCACCUGAUAAAUGGUCUCUGCAGAGAAGGGAAUUUGGACCUUGCAAUAAAUGUCUUCCAUUAUACUCUGGGGAGGGGUUUCAUAUUAAUGCCCGAAAUAUGCAAUAAGCUGCUCAAGUGUCUUCUUCGUUCCCGAGACAAAAAGGGCCAUGCCUUUGAUCUCGUUCGCAAAAUGAGAAAUUUUGGAUAUGAUCUUGAUGCAUGUCUUCACCAGACUACAAAAUUACUCCUACAGUGACGAUAGAUUGUGAUGGAAUUGGUAAUUUUUGUUUUGGUCGUGGCUGACAUUAAGGAGCUACUUGAUCUUUGAUUCACAAAUGACAACAAUUCUUGGCUAGCCUCAGGCUUGUCCGAUGAUUGAACUUUGGCCGGUGAACUUCAUGAUUCACUUCUUCAACAGUUCAAUGUGAGUUUACUGUCAGGAAAUUGUUUUAGAACAAAGAGCUUGUUGCACAAUCUGAAACCCCCUUCCAUCAAACCUUGUAUUUUUCACUGGUGUUGAUGCACAGGAGGGUUGCUGUAGAUUUUUUCACACUGCCAGAAAAAUAAGUAGGAGAAUGCUCCUUAUGAAGUGGAUGACAUGGAUCAUUGUCUAUGCAUCCCAAUUUUUUGUAAGUUAUAUAGUUGAUACCCUGUAACAAUACCGACUUGAGAAACUGGAAGGUCAUUUUUCCUUUCAUUUUGACAAAGAGCUACUUCUGAGUUUGUAUU